AUGCCAGAGGGAGACCUAGUAGAGGAGCGUAAAUGCACCUCAUUGCCUAGCUCUCCUGCCAAGCGAGUGUCACCCACCAAAAAGAAACAGUUCUAUAUCAACCAAGCCAUCCGCAACUCUGACCUCACACCCAGGGCCAAAGGCAAGAAGAGCCUCCGCCGACAGGAGAACACACCCUACCUUGCUAAUCUCCUUGAGAAAGAUGAGUGCUCCAAAGACGAUCUGGAGGUUUGCAGCAACCCAGCCAUCCCAUCCAUCUUCUAUGAAGUCUGCACCAAUGGAAACUAUGUAGAGCCGUGGAACGACUUCAUGAAUUGCUCUGGUGAGGAGCAGGAGAGGCUGCUCUCUCUGUUGGAGCUGGAGGAGGCCAAGAAGAAAAACACCAACCAGCUCCUCAAAGACCAGAGGAAUGUAAAUCCUGCCUUCACUGGUCAGGACUGCUUCCAGAGAAUCGAUCGCAGGUUGCGAGCAACUUUGAGGCGGAAACAAAUCCCCAUGGGAACGCUGGAAGUUCUGGAGGAAAACCUUCUGAGCUUCUUCAACGCUCAACCUUACUCAGUUUACACAACCAACCUCAGCAGCAGCUUUGAGAGGCUGCUGCUUCACGCCAUCUGCCAGUAUAUGGACCUCGUCUCUGCAAGCAGCGACUACAAUGGCUUACGUCAGACUGAAGUGGUGAACAAACAAGAAGAGUUCCUGCCUCCUGGACUCCUGCUGUCUGCCUACCUGGAGCAGAUGAGUUGAGGACAGGACCACGCCCGUUUUUGUUUCUUCCUGUUGCAGACAGGAGCUCUGAAAUGUAGAUAUGAUGUGCAGUCUUCACACAUUGUUUGUAAUAACCACCCAGCUAAAAUGUCUGCUUCUCUUUCUCUCUGUCAAUUUUCCAUUAACUAGAUCCAAAAACGCAACAGAAUCGAUCACUCGAGCGUUAGCUAGGUUAGUUCGUGCUUAAAGUUGAAUUUUAAACUGUAGGUUGGGUAAUAUGUAGUGAGUAUACAGCUCAGCAAAGCAGGGUCUGGACACAAAGUCCCAUCUGAGGCUUACAAACUGAUACCUGUUUGAGGUUGGUAACUUGACCUCUCCUGUCACACCGUUACAUUUUCUACCCCACGGUGUGUGUACAAGCAGCACAGGAAAUCCAGCUGCUGAAUUUUACAGUGGACUUAACACUUGACAAAACAGGCACAGUAAAUUACAGCAGUAAGUCCUGAAAGUAAUAAAAAGCAUACUGUGUAAGGUCUGUGAGGAGUCUGCAGCGCUGUGUGUGUGAAGGUUUUAGGACCGUUCUUAAAUGAAAUGCAUCACCGCCUGAAACAGUAGCCUGCAUGAA